GGAUUCUCCCUUACUCGGGACAAAGAGACUUCUCCUCAUUAGAACGGCUUAUGAGCUAUACUCGAACAACGACAGCGACGGGGGCAUCCUUGACGUGCUUGAACCUUCUUCCUAUCUCCUAUCAUUUCACUACUCCUUCCUAUCAACCGAUCGGUGUCGUUAAAAAUGAAGUACUCAAGUAGUCUCGCAAGCUUUGGGCUAUUUCCUCUGGCCCUCGGCCUCCCGAAGCCACAAAUGACGUACGAAGAAAAUUCGGGACCAGUUGGUGGUGUAGCCGCACCAAUUCCUAUCUACAGUGGCCCUCCUGUUGGAGAUUUACGUGGAUCAACGAACUUGCAAGGUGGUAUAGCUUCACGUCCUCCUAUCUCUGGAGGUGCUUCGGCCAUUGUAGAGGACCCGGAGCUAGUGAACGGCCAAGAAGCCGAUGGCAAGCUAGGUUUGUACCUGGACUUCAACAGCGUCGACUCUCCCAACGGCCCGCAGCCAAUUCGUGGUGAUUUGGGAGGAACCGAUCCGGGUCCACGUACGCACGAGUAUGAGAAGUUGAAUCCCGACACUUUUGCUCCACCUGAGACAGAUUCGGGCACUGUUCCCCAAGCAAUGUGGCCGCUGGGAUUGAGUCACAAUUUGUACGGCAAAAAGGAGCAAUCCGGUUGGGCUAGACAGCAGAACCAAGAUGUGCUUCCCAUAGCUACUGAUAUGGCUGGUGUUGACAUGAGAUUGGCGCCGCAUGCCUACCGAGAAUUGCAUUGGCAUACUGCCGGCGAAUGGGCGCUGGUAUUGAAAGGCUCAGUCCGCAUUGCGGCGACGAACUCCGACGGAGCUACCUUCAUCGAUGAUGUUACCGAGGGCGACGUGUGGUUUUUCCCGCAGGGUGUCCCUCACAGCAUUCAAGCCCUAGAUGAGGGUUCGGAAUUUCUCUUGAUCUUCGACAGCGGCACCUUCUCCGAGUAUGACACCUUCUUGGCUACCGAAAUGAUCAUGCGUACGCCCGUCUCCGUGUGGGCCAAGGAUCUUCAGACCGACGUUAGCUCGUUUAACGACGUUCCCGAUGAAGAGAAAUACAUCUUCAAAGGCACCCCCGCCCCGGCUAACAUCACAGAACAAAACAUCACCUCGUCAGCUGGCGCCCUCUGGGGAGCUGCGAGUUAUUCGUACCACUGGUCGCAGCAAGAAUUCCGCAACACAUCUGGCGGCUCAGUUAAGAUUCUUGACCCACUAACCUUCCCGGUCGCCGAAAACUUCGCUGCAGCUCUCGUUGUGCUCGAGCCAGGCGCGAUGCGCGAAGUGCACUGGCACACCGACAGCGACGAGUGGUCGUACUUCCUACAAGGAUCCGCGCGUAUCACAAUCUACGCCGCACCCGAUUCCUCGCGCACCUUCGACUUCACCGCCGGCGACGUGGGUUAUAUCCAGAAGUCUGCUGGUCACUACAUCGAGAAUACUGGCACCGAGGAUGUUAUCUUCCUCGAGGUGUUACAGGCGAAGAAGUUUACGGAUAUUAGUGCGGCUCAGUGGUUGGCUUUGACACCGCGGCAAAUCGUUAAGGACACGAUAAAUUUGUCCGACGAGGUCUUGGAUAAUCUGCCUAAGGAGAAGACGAUUAUUAAGCCAGGCAAUAAGAAUAUGACGGCUAUUGCUUCGAGUGGUAACCCCGAGUAGACUGAAAGGGGGUGCUCAGUAAGGAGGGACGAAUAUUAUGAAAAAGUUGACUGAUGGACAUGGAGAAAGAUGAUUGCUCAUAAGCUUCUAGACGUUGGAUUUCGCAUAUAGUAUCUUGU